AUGAUCAUUCCUAUUCGUUGUUUCUCGUGCGGCAAGGUUGUUGGAGACAAGUGGGAAACCUACUUGGAAUAUUUGCAGGACGAAUCCAUGACCGAAGGAGAUGCUUUGGACAAGUUGAAGUUGAAGAGAUACUGCUGUAGAAGAAUGGUGUUGACCCAUGUUGAUUUGAUCGAGAAGUUCUUGCGUUACAAUCCGUUGGAAAAGAAGGAGAUUAAUUAG